AUGCCGCGCGCGCGGCUGGUCUCAGGUCCCCCUCCCCGCCCAGGAGGCGGCCAGCUUGGCCCCACCGAGCUGACCCACGCGCGACUCAGUGAGUUCUUCCUGGGGAGGGGCUGCCUUUUCCUUUAAAAACUGCCAAACUGUCAGUCACUCGAAGCAAACGGUUUUGCUGCUGCAGAGAUUAUCUUGGAUAUUUUUGUACCCGAGCUGUGGCGGGAGUCUCGGCGGGGGUUCCUGGAUCAUGAUCUGAGGGAACCCGCAGGAGGCUUAAUUGGGAAGAGGAUGGAAUAUUAUUAUUAUAUAAUAAUCAUAUUAUUAUAAUAAUAAUAAUAACAGCAGCAACCGUUAUUAAAAAAACGUACCGCCGUGGUAAAUGCGCAAUUGCAAAAUAAUGUGAUAAUGAUUUUAAAAGUAGCAGCAUUAGCGACAAUAAUAGUUAUGAAAAAUAAGGUGCCGCAGUGGCAGAAUGUUUUGAAAAAUUUUUAGCUGGCUCCAAGACUAGCCCCGGAUUCUCCCAAACAAGUUCAAAGCGGAUCUGGAAGAGGGGCUGUUCAGCGAAGAGGAAUCCAGCGCGAACGGUGCAAGAACGUCCCUGAACUGCGCGACAAGGAGCCGCACAGACCCAGCCGCUGCCGGGUGAAAAGGAAAAUAAGCAACCGCAGCCGUAGAAACAAUUUUCACCCGAACAUUAUUAUUUUUUAAGUGUGGAAAUGAAAUGAGGGACUGGCGCGUGGCUGCGUUUCUCCUCGCAACAAUCUGUGAAGUAGGCUAGACUGAGAGAAACAGACAGACACUCGGGCCUGCUCUGGGGGUCUCUCUCUGUCCCCCACGCUUGCAGCAGGCACCCCUCGGAGCCCUCCGCCUCUGCCGGCUUCUCCGCUCUGGGAAAGACCACCGAGCAGUCUCGGCUCCGGAGGCCAGUUUACUCUGGGGAGCAGCGUCUCCCUGAGGAGCCCCGACUCCGCGCGCGGGGGGGGGGGAGAGGCAGCGCGUUGCACUGGGCGCCUCGCCCUUCGCCCCAGGCUUUCCCGGCGGGAAUUGCAAAGAGGGAGGAUUGCCUCCACCCCCACCCCAAAGAUGCGCCCAAGCCUCGGAGUAUCCGGAAGCGAAGGCAGGUCCGGCUCCUAGGAACGCUUUACCUGGGCGUAAGUGUUAUUGAACUCAGUAGGACUUCUUUGUAAGUAGCGUUGCAGAAGUUUGCGCUUCAGAGCUUAUUUUUUCUGCGCCCCUGAACCCCCCCACCCCCGCGUUUGUUCUUUCAGGAGACACGUGUUGCCGCGUGUGCCUUGCGUGUGUUGCUGUCGUUGCGACUGGCUCUGGCCGGGGCCUGGACUUCAGACAAAAGGAUUUUCAGGAUGUCUCCAAGUUUGGGAUUUUAAUGACGCUUGCAGCUGCCUUCCUCACCUCUUUUGGGGGCGCAAAGGAAAACAGGAGGGUGGCCAUAAGAAGCGGGAGAGAUAAAAACGCAAAACGGGGAGCGAUAUCUCAGCCCCGGGGUCGAGAGCUGUUCCUGGGCCCUGCCAUGCACCCACUGGUUUUGGCCGCAUCCCCGGGCAGGGGAACCCCGACGGACUGGCGCCUCCCAGACAGGAAAGGAUCCCAGGAGGCCGGUUCCAGCACGGAGGUGAGCACCGCAUCGGAGCGGAGAAGCGGGGCGCAGCCCCCGCCGGAAGCCCCAGCCGGAGAAAAGCCUCCUCCUCGGUCCUCCUACUUUCAGGCGCUCUGAGAGCCUGAAGAGCUCCGUCGCUUCGGAAGAAAAGCAGAGGCCGUCGGGGAUCUCUCCGCAGCAGGACGGCGCUUUCCAGGCAGCACAGCCGCCCGUCCUUCCUGCUGCUCAGCGCGCCUUCUCUCUUGCUCGCCGCAGCCGCAGAAAGCUCCCCCCACCCCACUGAAGUCCCAUUGAAAUCUCAGCCUUGGAGUUGCCAGAGCCCCGCGCCGAAGGGGAAGCGCCGCCUCUUGGAAAGGCGGAGUAUAAGCCGAGGAAGGAAGGCAGAGCUGCUCGUUUGGUGUCCUGCCCUCACCUGGGCCAGUCAGGUGCGCCACUGGGAAGCCCCCUCUCAGCCCCUGACCGCGCUCCUUACGCCUCUGGCGGUUCCCUUCUAAUAGCGGCGGAGUGGCUCGGAUGA